CGUGGACAUCUUAACCCGAAACAAAAGCGCAAUUUGUCAUCAAGUUCUGGACAAGUUGCAAUAAAUAAAGCAAGUGCUAUUGUCCAUAUAGUAAAGCAGAUUUUGUAUACCAAUAACCACUACGUGCGACAACUGCGAUCUUAAUAAGGCGCACCAGUUAUUCGCUGUUGACCACAGAGCCUUUCACCGACUCAAUUCAGCGCUACAAAGAAGAUGACCACGCCCAACAUUACAUUUUAUAGAGCCAACGGAGCAUGCUCCCUUGUCCCUCAUGCUCUUUUCAAAGAACUUUCUAUUCCGUUUACAGAUGUAUUAAUGAAAUGGGGUACAAAUGGCGUCGAGGCUGCUGAUGGAAGCCUCACCAAUGACGACUACCGAAAAAUACACCACUCUGGCUACGUUCCAGCCUUGCAAAUCAACGACACAGUCAUCACAGAGAUGCCUGCGAUUCUCACAUACAUUGCUUCGCUAGCUCCCGAGCGCCACUUGCUAGGGAGAAGUGAUAUAGACCGCGCCAAAGCUGUCGAAUGGAUGGCCUAUCUCUCAGGAUCUCUUCAUGGCCUGGGCUUUGGCAAAGUCUUUCGUCCAGGGCGCUUCUCUGAGGACGAGAAACAAUUCUCUGCAAUUGUUCAACAAGGAAAGACUUUUGUUGCAAAUUGCUUCAAGAGAAUCGAUGGCCUGCUAAAGAACGUGACAUUUGCGGUCGGCCAACAAGACACCGUUGUGGACUUUAACCUAGUAAUAUUUUGGUACUGGGGUCUAGAGAUUGGCUUCCCCAUGCAAGAGGAAUAUCCCAAUUACGGCAAACUCAUCAGACGCAUGGAAACUAAGCCUUCUAUUCAGCAGGUCGUUCAGCUAGAGGGAAAGAAGCUGGCGUUUGAGCAACAGUGAUGAGAGCUAACUUGCAAGGAGGCUAUGAAAAGCUGCGAGCAAAGUGGAAGCAAGUAUUGUAAAUAUUAUAAAAUUAUAAUAUCGUAAAUAUAGUCCCCUUCGUAAUAUG